AUGUCCGCCCUCCGCCAGUGCGUUUCGCGCCCACAUUCCGGCCACCGGAGCUUCGUCGUGCAGCCGCCUUCCGCCUGUACCUGCAUAUCCUCCGCCGCCCGCUACAGCCCUCUACCGUCAUCUCUCACCACCUCACUGUCUUUACCUUCACACUACCGAUCCUCACCUGACCACCCGAAGCACACGUCGACCUCCGUCGUAACCCCGCCAGACCACCAUGAGCACCAUUCGCCGUUCGCCGUGACUUGGCCACGCCCAAGGUCUCAGCCCGUUGCCGCCAUCAGUCGGACAUCGCCGACUACUCCGACGCGGCCCCCUUCCUCCGCACCUAUCGCGAAUUGUCGAUCUUCCUCACCUAUCACGGUGGUCAGCGGCGGUUGA